AACAGCAGCACCUGGAGAAACCUGCAGUCUGAGCUGAGAGAGGAGCGGAAAGAUUUGGGCGCUGGUUGAUGCAGAAGAAGUUUCUGGAGCUUCAGUCUGACCUCGUUUCCAUCUCUGGUUCUUUGUGUUUAACGAUGCCGGAGGAACUUUAAACACGGGUUCAACCCCCACCUGAGAAAAAAAACACCUCGGUGGUCGUCAGUGCCCGGUGUGUUUGUCCCGUUCAGUCGUCCAGCAUGGCGUGGACCAAAUACCAGCUGUUCCUCGCGGGACUUAUGCUCACAACUGGCUCCAUCAACACAUUAUCGGCAAAGUGGGCUGAUACGUUCUCAGCGAGGGGUUGCCAUGGUGACUCCAAACAUGCAUUUAAUCACCCAUUUGUGCAGGCAGUGGGGAUGUUUCUGGGCGAGUUCAGCUGUCUCGCAGCCUUCUAUAUCUUACUUUGGCAUGACAGACGUAGACCUGAACCCCAGGUGAAUCCAGGCCAGAGCUUCAACCCUCUCCUCUUCUUCCCACCGGCCAUGUGUGACAUGACGGCCACCUCCCUCAUGUAUGUUGCUCUCAACAUGACCAGCGCCUCCAGCUUCCAGAUGUUGCGUGGAGCCGUCAUCAUCUUCACAGGUCUGCUUUCUGUGGCGUUUCUGGGGCGACGCCUGGUGCCCAGUCAGUGGCUCGGCAUCCUCACCACCAUCCUGGGCCUGGUGAUAGUGGGCCUCGCCGACUUUUUCAACGGGAACAAAGACGAUGAGCACAAACUCAGUGACAUCAUCACAGGAGACCUUCUGAUCAUCAUGGCUCAGGUCAUUGUUUCAGUGCAGAUGGUCCUGGAGGAGAAGUUUGUCUACAAACAUGAUGUCCAUCCUCUACGGGCUGUCGGUACUGAAGGUUUCUUCGGGUUCGUCGUCCUCUCGCUGCUUCUCAUCCCGAUGUAUUUCAUCCACGUGGGCAACUUCAGCGGCAACCCUCGUGAGGUCUUAGAGGAUGCGCUGGACGCCUUCUGUCAGAUCGGGCACCAGCCUCUCAUCCUGUUGGCACUGCUGGGCAACACCGUCAGUAUCGCCUUCUUCAACUUUGCUGGGAUCAGCGUCACCAAAGAGAUCAGCGCCACCACCCGCAUGGUGCUGGACAGCCUGCGUACGCUGGUCAUCUGGGUGGUGAGCCUGGGGCUGGGGUGGGAGCAUUUCCACGUCCUGCAGGUGCUAGGCUUCGUGGUCCUGCUGGUGGGUACAGCUCUCUACAACGGACUGCACCGCCCCCUGCUGGCCAGCAUACCGUGCUGCGCUGGGAUGGUGAGGACAGAGGAGGAGGACAGCCCUGCAGAGAGAGAGAGACUGCUGAGUGACGGCAGGGUGCAGGCCGGAGAUUACAGCUAAAACUUGAAUGUCACGGUGUACUGGACUGUCUGUCGAAGACACGUCCAUGUAGGCUGUCGGUAAUAGUCUCUUUUAAAAUGUUUCACUCAGAUUUUAACUGACCUCACUAUGUUAUAAUAUGUGGGACUGAGCAAGCUCUUUUAAAGGAAUAGUUCAACAUUUUGGGAAAGCGCAGCAUGCCAACACAAGUAGUAUCCGUUUUCUAAUCUAACUCAGCACAGGAAAAAAAAGUUCCCAAACUGUUUAACUAUUUGUUCAAAGAAACAGACGGUAGAGAGAGCAGUCUGAAGGUACUUUUAUAUUAGAUUUUUUUUUUUCUUUUUUUUAAGGAAUUUAUUCAAGUUAAAAAUUGACAUUUUAUCUUAAAACAAAACAAAAAACAGUUUAUAUCCAGUGUCAAGAUUUGCUCCUGACCCUCUUAGAUAUUUUUUAUUUUAAAAAAAUACUUGAACUGUCUGAUUUAGAGCACAGAUUUAUGAAAAUUGCCGUCACAUAAGAUGAAAAUUAAUGUCAGUGUCCUUUUAAAGUUUUAUUCAAUUUUUUUGUCUUUGCUGGAUCAUUGUCACAUUGUUUUAAAUGUUGCUGACUGUGCUGUAUGAUUGUGCCAAAUUGUUUUCAAUGAAUGCCAACACAGACGGGUGUUACGUAGUUCAUCAUUUCCACUGUAAUCAGACUGCAGCCGUUUCCUCAAUCUUCACUUCAGUUGAAUACAGAAUCGAAUGUGUGCAGAAAAGCAUUUCUAAAAGAAUAUGUUUGUAUAUUUGCUUUCUAAGACCUAAUUUUCUCAGAUGGAUAAGUAUCAAGAAGUGAGCGGCCAGAUACAGAGUGAUUUGCAUUUUUUAUUGUGAAUCCUGUUUCUCCUCUGUUCAAAGGUGUUGGCUGUAAUGUACACUAAGAAAAAAGGGAACUGUCAUAAAAUCACACUUGUUGAAUGGUGUAACUUUGAUGGCAUUUUUACUUGAUGUAAUGACAAAAAGAGUUGUUUUUUUUAAAUACACACCUGAAACAACCUA